CGGGAGUACAUUCUUGUGAGAAAGAAGUUAACAUGGAGCAACACUGGUUGACAGUUUGUGCACUGAUUUUAGCUCUCGGUGCAGUUGUGCAUUUUGACACAGUUUUUGUUGCAGCAGCUGGUGGCAACUUAACAGUGAUUCUUCCUAAACCAGGCCACUGCCCACGUCUCCUUAAUGUUAUCCCAUCACAUAAGGGCUGUGUGUGUGAUGAAGACUGUCCCGCUGACCACAAAUGCUGUGUCUUUGACUGUGGAGCUGUCUGUGUCCCUCCUGCUUUCACCAAGCCAGGAGUGUGUCCUCGCAGGAACUGGGGUGUAGGAAUGUGUGCUGAAUUUUGCUCCAAUGACAGUGACUGCCCCAAUGAUGAGAAGUGCUGCAGCAAUGGAUGUGGACAUGCUUGCAUUGAACCCUACAAAGUGAAGCGGGGCCGCUGCCCUCUUCCCCAGGGAACCCCCAUGUGUGCAGAGUACUGCUAUCAUGAUGGCCAGUGUCCAGGAGAGCAGAAGUGCUGCAAGACAACCUGCGGCCAUGCCUGCACUGAGCCCUGCUGAUCACACAGCUCAGGGACUCAGAUACAUGAGGAGCACUUGGUUGGUUUCUCUAAUGCAACAACUCAACUCAGAAAAUGUAUUAUGUUCACUUUUUUUCUUUCUUUUUACCAUUUCUACUCCGUAGUAGCACACUUUGGUACAAUAUUUGAGCACUGGUUUGCACAAAGUUUGACUCUUUAUACUGUUAAGAUGCCAUUUUAUGUCUGUACUAUAGUUGAGUACCCUACAUUUGGAAAAGAAAGAACUACAGAAUAACAUGGAGGAAGGUUGAUAGGGCACCAUUAAUAGUGUGUUUGAAUUUUACCUUGAUUAGUUUACAACAUAUUAUUUCAGGUCAUUUUAUGUUUCUGUAUGAGUACUGAUAUUGUAUCUUCUAGAAUAUUCUAAACGGAUGAAAAAUGUACUAUACUUAUAUAUCAAUUCCUUUUAGAUUUUAUAGAACAAUUUGCAUUUCAACCAAUAAAUGUUUCCAAGAGAA